AGCAGAGCGAGUACGUGUGAGAGUGCCGCCUUCCUUCUUGGCAGUCGACGCCAACUCGUUCAGUUUUUUUCGAAGAACAAGCGGCAAAGCCAAUAAAACCUAGUGUAACACUUGUUAAAUAGUUUCAACAAAACACAAAUAACAUGUCCGACAAACCGAAACGUCCUCUCUCCGCCUACAUGCUGUGGCUCAACAGUGCCCGCGAGUCGAUCAAGAGGGAGAACCCCGGCAUCAAGGUUACCGAGGUGGCCAAGCGCGGUGGCGAAUUAUGGAGGGCAAUGAAGGACAAGUCGGAGUGGGAGGCCAAGGCUGCCAAGGCCAAGGACGACUACGAUCGGGCUGUCAAGGAGUUCGAGGCCAACGGCGGUGGUGGCGGUGCUGCCAACGGCGGAGCCAAGAAGCGCGCGAAACCAGCGAAAAAGGCGUCGAAGAAGAGCAAGAAGGAUGAGUCCGAAGAGGACGACGAUGAUGAGAGCGAGUAGACUGCUCACACAUACCCCUAACCAUCACCAAGGCACACACCCACAACAAUCCAGAAGCAGAACCCCCAAGAACACAAAACACUGGUGGCAACACCACAUCUCCCUGCAUUUGCAUCCACUAAAGUCCCCCUAAUAUAGAAUGCCCAGCCCGAUAAUCAUCAACAAAAGAGAUCUGAUGAGGUUGCAACUAAAAUCACACACACCACACACGAGAGAAGAACAAAAACACGUGAAAUAAGCAAAACUGUAUUUAUACAUUUGAAUUUAAGUUUAUAGUAGAGCGUUUCUCUCAUAAUACCCCAAAAUACAAAGAGAGGACAACCAGCAGGAAAGGAGAAGAAUGUGAGGAUGUACGUUGAGGAGUUUUUGUUCAGUUUCUGUUCCGCUUCGUUUGAGAAGAACGACUGCGUUUCAGGGAUUGAAGAGACGGUCUAGCUUGCAUAUAAAUUUUGUAAAGUAAACGAUAAAAUAAUUCCAUUAAAAAUAAAAAAAAGAUACAAAAAUGGCAAAUGUUCUCAGUAGUAGGAUGAAAUCGACUCGAUUGUAAGCUGUAGGAUCGGGCUGGAGAAAAGAGGGGUGAAUAUCCACUUCACAGAAAAAUACACACGAAAAACAAACAAACAAAACACCGCAAAUGAAACAAACGAAAUUUCGCUCAGGUCUUUUCGUCAUUUUGCAUUAAACUUAAUGUUUAACGUCUUGUUAGCUAAAGAUGUAUAGCAGAAGAGGAAACCGGAAGGUAGAUGAGACAAGCAGAUGUAAUUGCAUUUAAUCGGUAGUUUUAAUUGAUAACUAUACGUAUAAUUUAAUGAGAAAACCAACAAAAUAAAAUAAAUACAUUUUUUAAAUGCGUUGAAAA